GCAUUUCCGGAACGGACUGCCGGCGCCAGCGUCUUAACCUCUUUCGCCUCUGCCUGGCUCGGGCCUGGUCGGAAAUGCUCGGUCUCCAGUCGGCCCCAUUCGGCCGAUUCCGGCGUGGGCUUGGCGGUUGGCAUUCCUAGUCGUGUUGUACUUUCCCCAACUGUUUGGUGGAGCGGGACGGAGUCGUCCCGCUGCCGCCGGGAGCCGGACGAAGGGACUGACUUCGCACGUGGCCGCCUUGGGUGUGCCUUUAGUUACCCGCGAUCGCUCUUCCCGAGGCCUCUCCGCCGCCCCCCUCCUCCUUCCCGGCCUCCAGCGCUUCCUGGUCGCCCCCUCCAAGGGCCCCGGGGAGCUUAUUUGUGGUCCGGCCCAUCCGGAAGGAGCUGCAGGCCUCUGCUCGGAGACUCCCACCUCAACUGAUGGAUGUACUUUAUGUCCGGAUUACAUCUGGGGACUGACUCCUUGCGAGCAGGGCCAGGUCCUGGUUCUGCUCACAUCUGUGCCCUAGGUCUAGGUAAACGCUUGACCUCCGGCCUUGCCCCGCUGCGUUAGUUACACACUGCACUCUGCACCACGAUGCCCGGAGGCCCCAGAAAAUGCUCCAGCUGAAGGAACUCAGCUCCUGCAACGCCCGGACUGAAUUCCCGGAGCCUCUGAGCGCAGGGGGACCCGGGGCCUUGCCUGAUCAUUGUUUCGGGGCAGGCCGUGGUCCAGGUGCAGUGGAGGCCGCGGGGCGUGGGCACUGAACCCUAGCACACCGGGCCGGCUCCCAUUGUGGCAACUUGGAAGUUUGACCAUAAUGGCCCCUGGCUGUCCAGGUAACCGAAUCUGAGCCCGGGUCGCCCCAGCACAGGACUCAGCAUCUCAGCCCGGGCACCCGGGCGGGGCUGUGUGCAGCAGCUCAGGUGACCCGGCGGGCGCCGGGCAUACCUGACGGCGUCCCUGACCCCGCCCCGGGCGGCCGCACCCCAGGACGUUCUCCGGGAGCCGCCGGCUACCGCGGCGCGAAGGGGCCAGGACAGGGCCAUGGCGGCGGCGCCGGUGGCCUGCGCCCCGCAGGCGUCCCCGGCGGGAGCCGCGCCCGCGCCGACCUCCGCGCCCGGCCCGGCGGCGGGCCUGGGCCGCUGCCGCGUGGCGCUGUUGCUAGCCGUGGCGCUGGACGUGGCGGGCAUGGCGGCCCUGCUUACCGGCGUGUUCGCGCAGCUGCAGGUGCGCGGCCGCGACUUCGGCGACCUGCUCAUCUACUCGGGCGCGCUGCUGGUGUUCAUGAGCCUGCUCGGCUGGAUCCUCUGGUACACCGGCAACAUCGAGAUAUCGCGCCAGGAGCUCGAGCGCGAUUACGGCCUGCGUCCCUCGGCGCUCGCCCGCCUCGCGCGCAAGCUGUCCCGCCGCUGGUCGGCGCCCGCCGCAGGCCCCCGCGCCGCGCCGGGCCCCCGCGGAGCCCGCCGAGCCGCCCGCGCGCCCCCGCCGCCCGCCGCCCGCCGCGUGCGCCUGCAGCUCGCCACGCUCGAGGCUGGGCCUGGGGCGGCGGGCGCUGGCAGUGAGUGAGCCCACAGUUUCCUCUGUUGCUGCUUGGAUGACCUUGUUCUGUCUGUCGGGUCGAGGGAGUCUCUGGAUCUGAAGACCUGGGCCUCUGGUCUCUGUUCCUAAUACUGCCCAACAUAAAGUUCGAAAGGCUGGGCAGGGGGAAAGGCAGUAAGUAGAUGAUGAAACAGAGGGUGAUGGGUAGAUGACUUUGGGUAAAUAGAUGGAAAAUGGGUGGAAAGAUCAAGGAGUAAGUUGGUUGAUGGGUAGCUGUGACUGGAGGACAGAUGGGUGGGUGGGUGGGUUUGUUGUUUAAAGGGCAGUGUGGGUAUAUGGAUGGAUGUACAUGGGUGAAUGGUUGGUUGACUUGGUUGUUUGGAUAAGAAGAUAGAUGAACACUUGGGUGGGUGAGUGACUGAAUCUAUUUUCCAUGAGAGAUCUAUAAAAGAAUUAAACCCUGGGGCUGGGAAUGUGCUUUAAUGAUAGAGUGCUUGCCUAGCAUGUACAAAGCCCUGAGUUUGAUUCCUCAGUACUACAUAAAC